AUCCAGGAGGCCACGGGGGUUUCGCUCUGGGCACGGAAGGGAGUCGUGAGAUGCAGAGAGGAAUCCGGGGCGGCGGAGACGGCAAGUAGGAAGGAAAUGCCGCUUCCCCGCAGCGUCUCUCGAUUCCCGUUUCUACUCCAAGAGCCUCCCUCGUGUCCGUUCAUAACUUCCAUUUUCCUCGGCCUUGCUCGCGUUCUCCUGCUCUCGUCUGUUUCUGGACUGUGCUCGGCGAUCCCUCUUACCUGCCGGCCAUGCUACUUCCCUGGCCUAUCUGUGGAGGCCUCAAGCACCGGAGCUGCCAUGGAUCCCAGCCCCCGGCCCGGCCUCGACCGGCAACAACUCCACCUGCGCGAUCGGCAGAAAUUCUUUGAGGAGAUUUUCCAGCCAGAAACGGACUUCUUUCCCAUGCCCCACCUGCACUUUGAAGCUCACAGGCCCCCCAUAGGCAGCAUCUCCUCCAUGGAGGUUAACGUGGAUACGCUGGAGCAGGUGGACCUGACCGACCUCGGGGACCAGGACGCGUUGGAUGUGUUCCUACCCUGUGAGGAACCCCUCACCCCUCGCUCUCCCGGUGUCGGGGGCCCCCCGGGGGAGCCGAGCCAGCAGUCGGCCGCGGCGGCCGGGGCCAAGCCGCGGACCUCUUCGUCGUCGUCCUCUGCUUCCACCGAUCCCAACGGGCCGGACGGGAGCGACAGCGGUGCCGACACGCCCCUGGCCCGGUCCGACGAAGAGGAUGCCGGGGAGGAGCCCACGGCCCGCAGCUAGCGGAGGGUCCCGCCCCGUGGACUGAACCGUUCGGGUUCGGACGAGGCCCGCUCUGGGGCCCCCCCGAUCCGCACCCGUGGCCCGGGCUCCAGGGGCCGAGCCUCUGGGGAGAGCCGGAGAAUGGGGACGGCGCAGCCUUCCUGCUUCGCGGUUAAUGUUUCCCUCCUGCGCUUGCUCCACCCGGCCCCUCCUCUCUCCCUCCCCGAGCCUCGCCGCCCGACGGGGGCCGGCCGGGGGCUUGCCUCGCCUGGUCCGAGACCCCCGACCGGACCGUCGUAGGAAGCGGUCCGGGGUCGCCACUCCCAAGUGCCGCGUGCAGUGCCGGGGGAAGACCUCCCGGAGCUCCAGAGAAGACGACGGCGGGUGGGUGGUGAAACCGUCAAUCCCUUAGCCUCCCCCGCCCCCCCCCCCCCCCCCGACCCCACUCUUUGACUCCGGGCAGCCUGCAGACUGAACCCCUUCCUUCGCCACGCACCAAGAGUCCGUCAAGACCGCUCACUGUGUCGCCCUCGGGGGCCCGGGGCCGCCCCGCCGCCCCGCCGCCCCACCCUGGAUCCGGGCCUCGCUUCGUUUGGUCGCGGUGGUCGAGGUGGGGAAGGUUCUCAAGGGUCUGGGGGAUCUCCCUCUGGUCACCCGGGUAUCCGAAGGGGGUGAUAUACUGUCACAUUUUACCGUUUUGCACUUUGCUGUCCGCCUCGGGGCAGGGGCAACCUACAUUCCCUGACCUGGGCCGUUCUGGGCUUGUGUCGGUGCCAUUCUUAGAGCCUCUCGCCUGUGCCCUUGCCAGUCUCUGCUUCUGCUUGCCUGCCAGCUCCCGUACCCCUCCGGGAAGCUUCCCCGUGGCCGGAGCUUAAUAUGCCUGUAUCACCGCAACAGCGGUGACAACUUCAAUACAUUUUUUUUGGUUUCCAAAUGA